AUGUCCGGAUCUGAUACCUGUCUCACAGCUCAUGCUGAGUGCGGCGAGGACCAAAUCACCGACCAAAAUGUAAUCAACAAUUAUUUCAUCGGCCCACGGGCUUCUAACUUGCCUGACUUCAGAGCAAACAUCAACACUGUCCUAGAUGAAUUGCUUGAAACUAGGCAAGAUUAUUUUCCCCAGGACAAUAACCGAAAAUUCAUUCCAAAAGAAGUGCGAAGGUCAAAGAAGUUCCAAAAGAUCAGGGACAACUUUGGUGAUGUCGUCCGAAAGGUUGCCCAGCUGCUGGGAGAGCACUCAGUGCCUUUCUGGUCUCCCCGUUAUGAGGCCCACAUGUGCACCGACAUGACCAUGCCUUCUCUGUUGGGGUAUUUCAUGACGAUGCUGUAUAACCCUAACAACGUUGCUCUUGAAGCCAGUCCUUUGACCACGGUUGCGGAGCUGAAAGUGGGAGAGCAACUUUGUGAGUUGUUUGGAUAUAAAACUGCUCUCACUCCUAAUGGAGAGAGAAAAGAUGAGCCAGACUCAUGGGGCCAUGUCACCUGCGAUGGAACUGUGGCAAAUUUGGAAUCCAUUUGGGUUGCACGAAACCUAAAGUUUUACCCCUUGGCGCUCUCCCAAGCCAUCAAGAAGGGAAACCUCAAUUUCAUCGAGGAUAGGUUCGAGGUCGAGACCUGUAAGGAUGGAAAAAAGAAUUUCGCAAAACUGGAAACUUGGGAUUUGCUCAAUCUGAAACCCGAAACGGUGCUUGAUCUGCCAGACAAGCUGUACAAAGAUUUCGGCAUUUCGAGGGACUAUCUCAAAGAUGCUCUGGAUGAUUACAACAUCCAAUCGGCAGGCCUAAUUCCCAAAGAGACUGACCAGCUCUAUAAGAGCCUCAAGCCGAUGAAGUAUCUUCUGGCGAAAACUCGUCACUACUCAUGGCCGAAAGGCCUUGCAAUUGCCGGGCUGGGCUCUGGAAAUAUCCUGGAAGUCGAUGUUGACGAAGACGCACACAUUGACAUUUCGCAAUUGGAAGAAGAGCUGAGAAAGUGUCUUGACGAGCACAUUCCAGUCUAUGCGGUUGUGGGAAUUAUUGGCUCCACCGAAGAGGGCUCUGUCGACGCACUGGAGAAGAUUGUUUGCAUCAGAGACAGAAUGCAGAAGGAGGGUCUCUCAUUCCUCAUUCAUGCUGACGCUGCCUGGGGAGGCUACUUUGCCACGAUGCUGCAUCGAGGGGAAAAUGGUAAACCUAGACGUGGCGAUGCCGAAAAAGGUGCUGUCCCGGCCUUGACCCUGCGAAAGGAAACUGAAACAAGCCUUUUGGCACUUCACCUCGUGGAUUCAAUCACAGUUGACCCGCACAAGGCUGGCUAUGUGCCAUACCCAGCUGGAAGUCUCGUAUACAAGGAUGGCCGUAUGCGACACCUGGUGACAUGGUCCAGCCCUUAUCUUUCCCAGGGAUCUGAGGAUAACAUUGGUGUCUAUGGCGUAGAGGGAAGUAAACCGGGAGCUGCCGCCAUGUCAACAUGGCUUUCUAACCAGACCAUUGGCCUGGAUCCAGAUGGGUAUGGAAAGCUGCUUGGUCAAGCAUCUUUCACCAGCUCUAGAUUAUCUGUGCGCUACGCUGUCUUGAGCGACUUCAGAGAAGAGAACCGGAAGAAUUUCAUUUGCGUCCCAUUCAACAGACUGCCUAAAGAGAGAGAAGGAUAUGAUUUCGAUUCCAAAGAAGCUGAAAAGAACCGUGACGAGAUAAGGAAGCUCAUCCUGGGACAGGAAAACGAGAAAUUGAUGAAUGAUCCCGACGCAAUGGCCAUAUUGCGUCGGUUGGGUUCUGACACGAACAUCAAUUGCUUUGCCCUCAACUUCUAUCUUGACAAACGUAACACAGAACUCAACACCGACGUGGAAGAAGCCAACUACCUGAUGAAGAGAGUUGUAGACAGACUUUCGAUCACCACUGCCAACACCGACCCAACGAAGAUUCCCAUCUUCCUGACCUCCACCAAGUUUGAGCCCCAACAGUACGAAAACUGCGCAAUGACAUUCAUGAAGAGAUUGGGCCUUGCCAAGGUCAGACAGGACCUAUUUGUUCUGCGAAACGUGGUCAUGAGCCCAUUCCCCACCAAGCAUUACUUUAUUGGCGAACUUUGGGAUGAGUUCGAAAAGGUCAUCAACGAAGAAGUUGCAGAAGUCAGGAUUCGCAACGAUCCGUCGGCACACAAAGCCCAAUUCCUUCUGCAGGGCACGGAAACAACCGGAAAGACAUUCCUAGUGCUGCAAACCUCUUUCCAUAAUGGUACUCUCCGACAGCAGCUCAUUGUCUCCGCAGACUUCGAAGACAAGGUCAAGCAGAAGUAUCUUGAGUUCAAAGGCAAAAGUCCAGAGACACCGCUCCUCUUAAUUUCUAAAGAAAACAUAAAUCUUGAAGAUGGUAUUAAAAGACUCCCUAAAGAGUCCUUCAAGUUCACCGCGGAACUUUUCAAAAAGGCAGAAUAUCUCAAGCACCAGGAUAACAACAACUUGCCUCUGAAUCCGUUAGCUGAGGGAGAGGUUACGAUCUCAAAGGAAGACAUUAUCAAAAGUCGGCCUUUGAACUCGAUCAACAGAGACCGUGCGUAUCCGCAACACGACAUGCCAUUUUACCUUUACGGCUCUCCAAACCAGAUGCAUAUUUCCCACGUGCUGCUUCGAGCUCCCAACAUUGCACUCUCCGCCGCCAACAUCACCUUAUCCGCCAAGGACGAAUAUUCGCCCAAGCCGGAAGAACACAUCCAUGCUGGUCAUCUUUCCAGUGGAUUGAUCCUCGCCCUGAAUGAUUACCCAGAAGUAGCCAUGCAGCCAUUCCAAGAAAUGGUGUCGGCGACAGACAUAAACGAAUAUCACGACUUCUUUUUCAGGAAAGAUAUGAGUUUUGACGUUUCAGUGUGGAAGGACCCAAAGAAGAAUGCUGACAAGGGCCCAGAUCUGCUGAAAACGAUUGGGCAGCCAUUUUGGAAAGGAGUGUUGACUUUAAGCUCGGACUUGGACUUUGACUCUGUGUGGCCCAAUAAAGAUCCAGCGGCUAAGAAAAAAGUCGAUUGUGAUCACUGGCAGGAUGAGCUUUCAAAGAUUCCCAAAGUCCUUAGUGCCAAAGAUCAGGAUGAAGGAUUAGAGAGGACUUCUGCUUCUUGA